AGUUGCGCCACUCGGCCGUGGUGUUCACGUGCCGCUGCUAGCUCCGACGAUCUAUGUUACUUCAAGAUCUAACAAUUAUCAAUCUCUAUAUUAAAUAAUUCCUUUAAGUAAAGAAUACAAUCAUAACCGGGCUGUGUCAUCAUCCUGCUGUGUCUAUCCGGUAAAGUUUCAAGAGACAAGGGGAGAAGAGGGAACAGAGGGUGUCGGUACGCGCUCAAUGUCCUCCUUCGCGGACAUUCGCCUCAAGAAUGUCUAAUGAAAAUGCAGCAGUUUGCGGUUGCGGUAUAACCGUGGAUGUGUCCAGAAGAAAAGUACCUAUAUGGAGGCAUAGCAAGUCCGAUGGUCGAAGCUCGAAAAAACAGCAAAACGAUGGCCGUGGAUCGAAAAAUAGAAAUUCUGAAACUGGAAGCACUAGUACUGUGACCGACCAUGCGAAGCCAAUGACAAAGAGUAGUAAACAGGAAAAACGUUUCAAUCGCCCGAGGAGGAGUGUAAGCGCUGGACCCGUCAUACCUGACUACACAUAUAUAAAUCCGAAUUCAAACAUACUCAAUGGACCGAUUCGUGAAACCAUAUCUGAGGCUCUCUACGUGACUAUACCGGAUACACCAAAUGCAAUGGCCAACGAUACCGGAAAUAGUCUAACGAAUUCGCAAAACCGAUCGCCACCUGUCUAUACCAUCCCUUCAAUGACUUCACCUCCGCCUACGUAUGAUGCCACCGUCGCAAAAUCAUGGCAGUCUGGUUUGCCACCUACGUACGAAGAAUACUUAUGUCACGAAUACGAGAUGAUACCGCGCUCACAUACACCUCCGCCGCCUUGGUCGGAUUCAACGACGAAUUCGUCAUCGACAAGGCCAUCCUCUUCAGUUAUCCGAACACGUCGCGAGCUUGGUGAGUAUUUUGCACAGCUGACGAUGUCCCAGAACAACGAGUAUGUUCCUCUUUAUCAAGCUCAGCAGCAUCAACAACAGCAACAACACUCUGGUACUGUCCAUCGGGAUAUUGGUGGUUACCUCACGAAUAAGCAAGUCUGCAGGGAACAGCAGAUCAGAGCGCAACAACGAACACGACCGAUGCCUCCCAGGUCGCAGAGCGAGAGUCGAGCGCAACAGCAAAGAAUCGCAACGAUGUACGAAGAUGGUGCUUUUUGCAUGGAAACAACGGCACUAACAUCGAUGUUCGAGCAUGGAGUAGCUUUUUGUAGCCUAAUGUAAGAGAAGACUUUCAAACGGAAACCUGUUACAAGACCAAAAGUCUCGAACGUAAUUUUUACUCUUCGAGAUGACGAAGAUUCAAAGACAUAAGUAUAAAAAAAAUUCAUAAUUGUUCUUAUCAUUGAGUUAUAUUAAUGAAUGUCUAUCAUUGAUCUAUCGAUCGAUCAAUUACUUUCUAAAAUCGCCUAUAAUGAAGAAAGAAAAAACAGAACAGUAUUUUCAUUCGGAAUAACGUUCAAUAAUGUUAAACAGAAAGUCACUUAUUUUUCUGAAUUAUUCGAGGAUAUAAUGUAUUUUGUUCUUUGAUUUUCUAACUAGGUAACAAUGAUUGACAUAUAAAAAAUAUAUUCGUACAACAUAUAGAAGAUCCCAGACAAAAAUGUCUAUACAUAUUGUAUAUUAUUAAGUAUUUCAAUACGAGUUAUAAAAAAGUAUUUAUUGUGUAUAUGCAUGCUCAUAUUUAUAUGUGUAGAUUAGUUUUUAAAUAAGUGUACAUUAUUUUUUAUUAGUUUCGUCUAUUACAUUCCUAACAUCAGGUUUCAACUCUAAUAUAAAUCACCAAUAAAAACGAGCGUUUUUAUAAAUGCGAUGUAAUAGAUAGUAAAGCACGAAAAACGGUCUAGGAAGCUCUCAAUAUUCGCUCUAUGCCACAUCUUACAAAUAUAUAUAUAUAUAUAUAUAUAUAUAUAUAUAUACACGUAUGUAAGAAUGUGGCCCAAUUUGUUCAAAUCGAUAAACAUUAUAUUUUAUGUACUUUAAACUUCUGUGACUACUUUAGUGUACUUUAAAUAAUAGGAAUGAUAAAAGUAAUAACUUAAAAAAAUCGAUGUUGUUACCUAGUUACGUGCGUACAUUUUAUCGUAAAAAUUUUUUAUCAUACAUUCUUUAUCGUACGCUGAAGGAUUUAUAUCGUACAACACUAUUUAUUUCCUUUCCAAAAUUUAUUUGUUUAUACUGCUUCUCUCUUAUAUGUUCUUUUUUUUUCUUUGUAUAAAACUUUCGCAGAUCGAAAUCAAAACGUCGCAACAACAAUUAUCAAUAUUUAUCUUGGUUCAUUUUUCGAACCGAUAUUGAAUAAACACGUUCGUAUUCAUUUUUAAUACUUCAAAUUAAAAAAAAAAAGAAAAGAAAAUUAGUACUAAUCUCUGAAAUGAUAAUAUUCUGUGUUCACUAUAAAAUAGAAACCUUUAGAUUAAAAAUGGUAGGCGACGACGUUUUACUGGUGUUCUAAUAAUCUUAUUACUUUUUCACUUUCCCUUUUAAUUCGUUUGUUCAUGAUCGUGGAAAGUCGGUGACGAGUAAUAUUUACGGAAAAAAGAGGAGAGAAAAAAAUGAGAGAGAUAGAAAAAAUUUUCAGUUCGUCUACAUUCCUUCUUAUUAUACACACACACAUAUAUAUAUAUAUUUAUUUAUUACGUUAAUUAUAUUAUACUAUGCAUAUAUAUAUAUAUAUAUAUAUAUAUAUAUAUAUAGCAAUUCUGAUUUCGCCCAACGAAAAAAUCGAUACGAGAUAGCUGAGUUUUUGCUAAAAUCUAUUUAAUAAACCGGGGAAGCUUUCAAAUCGAUUCCGGAAUAAAAAUCUGUAAUCUUUUCAUCAUUAAUGAGAAUAGUCUCUAAUCAGAUUAUAAAAAAUAAAUACUCGAUAAGAAUACGUAUAUGUGUGUGCAACGUAUAUCAUAAGAGUAUAAGAAAUAAUAAACGUUCUAUGAAAUGAAUAAUAUUAAUGUGUAGCUUUAUCGAAUUGGCAUAUAAAAAACAGAAAGUAGCAAUGUAAAAAUCAAUGUUGAUGUUGUGUUAUACGUAGAAAUAGUGCAUUUCACAAUUAUAGAAUUCGUGAAAACAAUUCGAGGAAGGAAAUAUGAAAGAUAAAAGAUUGUUGCCGUGUAUAUUGAAUUAUUUAAUCGAUUAGAUACCGUUAAAGGUGCGAAAAAAAAGAAUGUUGAUAUCUUGCAAGUUUAAAAAUGAUUAAAGAAAUGUAAAUUAUUAUAAUGAUCACGUACUAUAUAUUCUUACGAUCGAUCAUUUGUCAUAUAAUGAUCGUAAAAAUAAAAAAUAAAAAAUAAUAAAAAUAAUUAUUAUCUUACUUUCGUAGAAUCUGAUAUCUAUAUGACUAAUCAAUUAGAAAAUAAUCGAUCAAAGUUAAAAUGAAAAAUCUAAAUUAUUCAUCACCCUACAAUUUCACGACAGAUAUAAAAUUUCUUUUUAUCCCUGAAUAUAUCUAGACCCGUGCAAUGCCGAUAAUUCUUCAACGUUCUUAAAGACCAUUAAUUUUAAUAAGUAUAAUAAUUAGAUAUUAUUAUACUUAUUAUCAUAUCGUAUGUACGUAAAACUAAGUAAAAUUAUUUUUCUGGUUCGAUUUUUCGAUUUGUCACACGCGUGACGUUCAUUAAAUUUGGUCUUCUUUCUUUUGCUUUUACGAUAUCGAUGAUGAUACCUUAAAAAUAUAUUCACAAAAAUUAAUAAAUACGUAUAAAUCAUUAGAAAUAUAUAACAAUGCUUCAAAUAUAUUAUCGAAAAGUAUAUCUACAGAUAAUACCAUUUUGCGAUUCGAUUAUUACGAUUGAUCGUGUCAUGUCUAAACGCACACUAAGUAUAACCGCUCUGUUUCAUGAGACGAUGUGCGUGAAUUAUUUUUAAAAGAGGCGAACUUGUUACUGAAUAUAAAUACACGAAUAUUAUAAUUUUAUUUAUAAUUAUAAUAAGAAUAAGAAAAAUAAUAGUAAUAGCAUUAAUAAUAAGUAUAAUAAUAGUAAUAAUAAUAACAAUAAUAGUAAUAAUAGUAAUAAUAAUACUAAUAAUAAUAAUCAAGAACUAGCACUAAAAUAUCAACUUAUAAAAACGCACACAAACUAUCGUAUUAUAAAUGCAAAUCUGAACAUAUGCUUGAAAACGAAGAAUACAAACCAUACUGAUACAAGACAAUUCAAAAAAGCAGCAAUUAACAGUAUAAUAAUAAAUAAUAUAGCGGGCAUCACAUUAAUUAAUAAAAAAAAAGAUAAACUCUGCAAAUGACGCAAAUGACACAUAAAAGUAACAUUUAAGAAAAAAAUGACAAAAUACACACGGACGAUCUUAGGGUUGAACAAAAGCAAACAUCUAAAAAGUCAUUAUUGCUGUUGAAAACAACAGCAAUAGUACGGGAUUAUAGUAAAGUGAUGAGGAGAAUUGCGAGAUUAAUAGAGCGAUAUUGUGUAUGUUUGUAGUCAAGAGAAAAGCAACGAGAAACUAAAUAUUAUAGCGUACUAUGUUUCUUCGAUAUGUCAAAUGUCAUUGUCAAAGCUUCUAAAGUUUUAUGCUUACUAUUAAUAUAAAAAAUAUAAUUAUAUUAAAUAUUAAAAAUUAUAUUAAAAAUUGUAUUAAAAAUUAUUAAUUUAUUUAAUGUUUAUAUUAAAAAUUACUGCAAUGUUUUAACAUAGUAUUUUUUUUCACUGUUGAAAAAUACUUCGUUCUUAUCAGGGAAAUUCCCGUGGCUAGCUAAAUGCCCUCGAGCGCGGUUAUCUCUGCUAACAGAAACGAACAUUUUUCUUUUUAGUUGCAUCGCUAGUGGACAUCGCCUUCCUCAUGAUUCUCUUCAAUACUUUAUUAUUAUAAACACUUUAUUAUAAACACAGAAAUAUAUUGGUUUCAUUUUAUCGUGUUGUUCAUUUUCAUAGUUAAAAAAAUUAGAAAAAGCAGUUGUAAAGUGUAAGUAAAGAUGUGAGACAUUUGUGAUGACGAUGAUAAUAAUAAUACAUAAUAAUAAUAAUAAAUCCAAGAAAAUUUCAAUAUUCAGUGCAUGAGUAUACAUAUAUAUAUAUAUAUAUAUAUAUAUAUAUAUAUAUAUAUAUAUAUAUAUUUAUUUAUGAAGAAAAACCCAGAACUGCCAAGAGCGCAAAAGUUCUAAAAGUUUUUAAAUCUCUUCUCUAAAUUUCAGGACUUUUAACUAUGAAAGUUGAUGUUUCGAUUAUCGAAAAAAAAAUACUAUAUAUCAACGUAUAACUGUAUUAUUCGAGCUCAUAAUACUUGUUCAAAAGUACAUUGAAAGAAGUAAUUAUAAUAAAUGUAGUAGAAAGAAAUCGCAUGCUUUAUGAUAAAAAAAAGAAAAAAGGAAAAUAACAAAUAAUAAUUAAUAAUAAUCGUUAAUCUUGAAUGAUGAAAAUCGUGUAAACGAAUCAUUCUGUCGAUUGCUGUGAACGUGAUUAUUAUAAUCGCAUUGUUCACGACGUCCACAUACACCGGAAAAUAGAAGGUAUAAAUAUAGUUAUAUGUGUAUAUAUGUUUCAUGUGUCCAUUUUAUGACGAAUAAAUUAAUUUCUCGCAAAAUAAUACUACUUCAAAGUAAUCACGGAUAAUGUAUUUUGUAUAUAUUAAACAGAUAAACAUGUAAAAUGUUUUAAAUUAAUUUUACUAAUAUUUGUGAUUACGUUAUUCUUUUGUUCCAGUACGAUCAUUUCUUAAUACAGCUUUCUAAUAUUAUUGAUAAAUAUAAUUUCACGUUAUCAUUUAAACUAGUAACAUCAAUAUCACGUUACCAUUCGAAAAAUGUUACAUGAAAAAAAUAAGCUAUUUUACUUAAACAUUGUUUCUCUUAUCUUGUUUAACUUAAAAAAUUAAUCCGUUUCUGCAUUCAACUUUAAUUCUGUAUAUUUAUAAAAUUUAUGACAAUGACUGAUCAUUCAUUUGUGUAAUUAUUAAGCGGUCACUAUACUUGUAUUUUACAUUUAAUUUAUUUUUUAAUGAAGAUGUAUUUAAUGUUUAUAAUAUCGCCGCCAAUAAUACGUACGUAAAAAUAACAAAUUCAAUUAUCUCUAAGUUUUAAUGUCGGAGAAAAAUAUCCACGCUAAACGACUGGAAUUUAAUAAUUUUCGAUAUAAUAGAAUUAAUGGACAUCAAAAUCGCGUUCCCCGUAGAUCAUAUUUAUAUACGACUUAUUAAGCAAUUCGCAGUAGUUAAAUGAGUCAAUAAGAAAAAUUACUAUCUCUGAGCUGAGAUCACUUUAUGUGUGUACAUUUAAAUAUUGAAGAUAAAGAGACAGUGAGCGAGAGAGUGGGAGGGAGAGAGGAGAAUGAUGUUUGAAAUGAAAGUAUUUGUUUGAAACUUGAUGAUUGUCAAUUUAUUAUAAAUAUUCUUAACGAUAAACGCAUAUCGUCUCUCGAUCGAGCUUUAACAAAAUAAAGAAAAAAUUAAUUUAAUAGAAAAAUAGAGACGAAAGUAUCUACAUAGAUGUGUAUUUAUUUUCUUUUUCUUUAUAAAAAUUUUUCUUCAUACAAAUUAUAUAUCUUAAAGAAGAUAAAAGAUAAAAAAAGGAAGAUUUUAAUUGUAUUUCAAUUGAUAUAAAAUAAUACGACAUGUUCGAACGGAAAUUAAGUAUUUACGAAACAAUUAUCACAUAGUCUAUCGAUAUCGAUAAAAGUAGAAAGAUAGUAUAAAGUAUUUUCGAAAAAAGCGAACGACGUAUAGAGAUAUGGACUUUAGAUAUUCUUGUAUGCAUAGCGAUGAAUUAAACGUCAAAAUAAAUCCGAUUUGUAUUUAAGUUAUUUUAUUAUCUCUAUUAAGUCUAUAAUUCGCAUUUCGAAACUUUAAACGAAAUCAUUUUUUGUCGAUUGUAUAUCAAAUGUCAGAGAGGCAUAACUUUAUUAAAAAAAAAAAAAAA